AUACUGGAAACGUAACUGUCAUUUCGAAAAAAUAUUCGAGUGACGUUGCGUUGCGUUGAUCGUUUCGUGUUCAUGUCGAUAUAUUAAUUUUAAAAAGAGUUGGAAUUCUCUUUUUUCCUAAACAUUUUUUGCUUCUUGUUACAUAUCUAAUCCGCUUAUGUACAUAAAAGCCUGCGCAAAGAGUGCCUACUCUAAAAUAAAAUGGAUGCUGCUGACACUCUGCUAAGUGACAGUGUGGCUGGCAAGCAGGGUCUGGAAGAAGAGGAAUUGUUAUUAAAACCUAACCCUAAACCCAAUGUGAAGUGUGACUUAGUCAAUGAAUGCAAAGUGUUCAUAAGGGCUGAAGACGGAGGGGGUGAUACACAUCUCAAUAUAACAGGAAACAUGGGCCCAGGGACUAGUGAGAAACCUAAGUUUGUGACUUCCACACAAGAUCAGAAAAGAGAGAGCCCUUCAGAUAAUCAGAUUGCUGAUUCUAACCCAGAAUGUGAUAUUGAAGGGGUCCCUGACUUGCCCAUGGAUGAUGGAAUGCCCAGCACUGUCACUGUGUUGGAUGCCCCUGACGGCGGAAAGGUUUAUUUGGUGGGCACUGCCCACUUCAGCUUGCAAUCUCAAGAAGAUGUGUCUAGGGUAAUACAAGAAGUGAACCCGCAUAUUGUAAUGGUUGAGUUGUGUGAACAGAGAACCAACAUAUUAUUACUAGAUGAAGAAAUAAUCUUAAGAGAAGCUAAAAAUAUUAAUAUUAAGAAGAUAAGGGCAACGAUGGCCCAGAACGGAGUUUUCAACGGGCUCAUGUACAUCCUGCUCCUGAACAUGUCCGCGCAUAUCACUCGCGAGCUGGGCAUGGCGCCCGGCGGCGAGUUCCGACGUGCCAUGGCCGAGGCCAAAAAGAUACCCAACUGCAUGGUCCAAUUAGGCGACCGCGCGAUAGACAUCACCCUGCAUAGAGCCAUCGCGUCCUUGACCUGGGGGCAGACCAUACGCUUCGUAUGGCACUUGCUCACAUCGAACCAGUCUAUUAGUGUGGAGGAGGUAGAGAAGUGUAAACAAAAGAAGAUGCUCGAAGACAUGCUGGAAGAGAUGGCGGAGGAGUUCCCAGCGCUAAAGCGCGUUUUCGUGCUCGAACGCGACAUGUACCUCUGCCAUUCGCUGCAAGUCGCGGCGCUGCAGCCCCGACGAGAGCCGUGCCGCAUCGUGGGCGUGGUGGGCAUCGGUCACGUGGCCGGCAUCGUGCAACACUGGGGCAAAGUGCGCUCACAAGACAUCCCGCCUCUGCUCAAGAUCCCGCCCGAAUCACUAUCAACUCGCAUCAUCCGCGUGUCCGUGCGCGUGGCGUGCGUGGGCGCGCUGGUGUACGCGGGCUACCGGCUGUGGCCGCGCCGCUGGCUGCCGUGAUGCACCCCAACACCUAAUUGGACCAUCGGAAACACACAUAUAAUAAAUUUAGGAAGACUAAACUGUAAAUAUUAUUGGAUGAAAACUCGCUCAUUAAUUAUAUGAUUUAUUAUUUUAUUAAUAAAUAGGUUAGGCGUGAACAUGAGUCUCUGAUUAGAAAGUUAAAUUGCUAAAAUUAUUAUCAUGUAUGUUUAUUGAGAUGUCAAUUUUGCAUUUUUUCCUAUAUUGAGAGAAAUGGAUCUACAUCUAAAUUUGGUACUCGCUCCUUAUAAGCCCGUUUAAAUAUCUUACGAGCUGUACCAAAUUGACAUUCAUUCAAAUUCUAAAUAAUGGUACUAAUAAAAUGUAUGGCUUAAGAUGUAAGAACGAAAGAAUUCUUGUCAAUAAUGAUAUUAUAUACCCAAUUUUUACGCGCUUGUAAAAUUGUGGCAGCCCUUACCUAAGUUGAAUGUAAAGAAUCGAAGCCAUAUUAUUACCUGCUUGAUGGGUCACGGACGCGGUGGCACGUCCCGCUCUUGCGCCUCUGCACUACUGAUGAAGAAAUACUGCGUACUGUAUCGAUAUAUAAUACCGACAAGUGAGGAAAGGGCCUUAGCUUUAGUAUAUGUUGUUGUUCGGCUUCUUUUUUGGCCAAACUGUGUUUUUGUUUGCUGAUAUCAAACGUAAAAUAUUGUAAAUAUUCGAUUUAUAAUUGGAAUUUCAUGUAAAAUAUCGAAAUCUACCUACUUCUCAUGUUUUGGUUUAGUAUAUGUUGUAAAAAAAAUCGACAUUUUAAAUUAAUUAUAAAGAAAAUGAUUUUAGUUUAUCUUGUUUCGUUGUUUUCAGUUUUUGUUGAAAUAACAGUCCAUGUUAUUUUGUUUUGAAUCGUUAGUUAGAAGUGACAUUUUUAAACGCAAUAAUAAUUACCAUUGAUGGCAUUCUCGAUCUGAAUUUGAUUAUUUUGUUUUUAAAAUUCGAGUAUUAUGUUAAUUGCUUAUCUAUCAUCUUUUAAUAUCACUCCAACUCAAGGCCGUUAAUGUUUAAAAAUAUUAGUUUUUAGUUGUCAAUGUCAUUAUAUUAAUAUUAACUUUUUAGAAGGUAGAGGUCAGGAAUAGAAUCUCCAUGUACCAAAAAGUGUCCGUCAAAAAACCUUAAAUAGGUGGCGCUACAAUACCUAGAACACUUGAAAAAAAAAAACAAAUCAUAGACAUCGCACUUCACUCAGUCAAUAUUAUUUGCUACUCUAACGCUAUUCUGGAGAGAUUUGGAACUAUUAUUUAUAGCUGACAGCUGGACACUUUUGCAACAGUUCUGCCUAUGAAGAUUGUAUUCCUUACAUCUAUCUUCCAUAAUUAACUUGGUUACAAUAAUACACAUUUAUUUACUAAGAGAAAAACAUCUAUUAUGCGAACACAUUUAUAAAAACUAUAAACCUAAAAGAUGGGCCUAGAGCCUAGAAUUUAAAAAAAAAUGCCUGGCCGCAUUGCCACGUUGACGUUGAAGUACUAGAUAACCUUCUGGUAUUUUGCAUUUAAUUAUCAUAGUUAUGCAAUUUACAUGUUUUCAUCACUUAUAUUAAUAUUGUGAAUAUGUUUUCAGUAGAUUUGUUUAAUUGGACAUUCAAAUAACUUUAUCAUGUUUUAUUUACAUUAAAGUAUUAGGGUCGGUUGCAACAAUCUGCCUUCAUCAUCGUAGUUCGUUAAAAUAUGUUAGAACUGUUUGAUAGUUAUUUAUCUGAUGAUCAUUCAUUUGUCGUUGAUUGUGCGUGGUGCAACCCACCCUUAAUAUACCUAUUAUAAUCGUUAGACGAGCCGUAUAAAAUUAUUUCCAUUUUCAUAUUGAUUUAAUAUCAAGGACUGUGAUAAUGUAAGAAAUUAAUUAUAAAUCUCCAUCCAUUUAUAAUAUAAGGAAAUAUUAUUCGUGAUAGAAUAAUACGCAAUCUUGUCAUUUAACAAUCUUGUCACGCUUGUUGCGGUUGCGUUAAAAAUAUAAACGAGGAUGUUUAUCAUGUGUUAUAUGUUAAAAAUGACAUUGAACUACAUCUAAAUCGACCAUAGACUAAACAACAAAGUAUCCCUGAUUUUAUAAUACAUACCACGUCAGUGGCAGACUAGCAUACGGCCCGCCUGAUGGUACGCGGUCACAGUAUCCUAUGAACGCCUGCAACUCCGGGGCUGCAUGUUACAUACGCGUUGCUGCCUCUUUAAAGACCUGUACAGUCACGUCUGAAAAUAUCGAUACGAACAAAGUCCCAAAAAUAUGUACACACGAUCUUAUUGCUCAUGUAUUAAGGUGUAUAUUUAUAUUUUUGGUACUUUAUCGUCAGUAUCUAUAUUUUCAGACGUGACCGUACACUCCUUGAAGAACCCCAUGCUGUAGUUCGUAGUACCUACAUAAUAUAUCAUUAACCAUAAUGACGUGCCGUAAAACUACCGAGUUCAUUUCGGUGUUAAUGCAACAUAACGAAGUAGGUAUUUGUCUGAAUAUUUUCAUAAAAGUUCGUAUGAAAAAACUUAGAAAUAUAUUCAGUACUACUAUUUCAAUAGUCAGGGGUCACCUUUAUAUAAAUUUGUGCGUAUACCUUUAUAUAAAGUGGUAUUCUUGUCGCGUUGUCCUGGUUUUAGGUAAUAAAAAUACGUUAAAAAUAUUUAUUCCAUUAAUUUUUAAAUCUAGCUCAACUAAAAGAGUUUUUUUUUUAUACUACGUCGGUGGCAAACAAGCAUACUGUCCGCCUAAUGGUAAGCAGUCUCCGUAGCCUAUGUACGCCUGCAACUCCAGAGGAGUUACAUGCGCGUUGCCGACCCUAAACCCGCCCCCCCUCGUUGAGCUCUGGCAACCUUACUCACCGGAAGGAACACAACACUAUGAGCAGGGUCUAGUGUUAUUUGGCUGCUGUUUUCUGUAAGGUGGAGGUACUUCUCCAGUUGGUCUCUGCUCUAGAUCUGGAAUGACAUCCACUGGCUGUGCCCUACCACACAAAGCGAGAUGACAUUCACAAUGCCCAUACCUCUCUUUUGGACGUAGUUUAAGGACGUACCCGGGUCCGGGAGGUAUAGACUUGAAGGAACUGUCAUAGAAAACAUCAUUGGACGUGAGAGGUAUAAUAACUGUUUAUAUUUUAUUAACGCAAUCAUAACAAUGGUUUAGAAUUUUGACUUAGAAAUUACGGAAAUUCAUUAUCUAAUUACGGUAUAAUAAUUGUUAAAUCAAUGUUCUUCUUUUCUCUGCACACGACACGUCACUGUAUUAUAUAAUAUCAUCUAACUUGGUCGGGGUCACUCAGGUUCAAAAUACGUUGGUGAUCACGAUCAGUCACAAUUGUUUACACACGUAGUUAUAAGUAUUGGUUUAUGAGGACGAAAAUUGCUAGAAAUUUUAUCGAAAUGGGGAAUUCAGACCAAUUCAGAAUGAAGGCGGUUACGCCUUAUAAACUUCUUCUUCCUCGCGUUGUCCCGGCAUUUGCCACGGCUCAUGGGAGCCUGGGGUCCGCUUGACAACUAAUCCCAAGAUUUGGCGUAGGCACUAGUUUACGUUUAGCACUAGUUUAGUUACGCCUUAUAAACAACAUAUUUUAUUUAAGAAGACGCAGCUGAAUUGUCUAACUUAGGCAACGUUUGCGUCUUCGGGGCAUGGCACACUGCAUCGGAUUUGCGCGUCGCUCCGACGUGCGAGCGAGACUUCGCUAUAAUACGCGCCUAGCGUUUUUUCGCUCAAUUUUUGGAGCGACGUGCGAUUCGGACGCAGUGCGCAGAUGUUCCCCUUUAUCAUCCGAAGUUAACCCAAAUACAAGUUCUCAUAGUCGGUAGUUGUUCAUGAGGUCUAACGAUUUCAGAGCACGUAAUAUUGUUGAAACCUGAAGUAGUUAGAUCUCACAAGCGACUGAUUCCUUUAGACAUAAAACAUUAUAGCUAUAAAGGUGUGAUAAAAUAAUGUGUGAAAUGGUUUGAAUGCAGUGUACAGUCAGCCGCAGUUGUAUCUAAGCGCGCAAGGUGUUCAAAACGAUAUCUACACGCUGUUAUUUUGUUAACAAUAAAGUUAUGUUCAGAUUUUAUUGAACCCCUCACCCGCUUAGAUACCAACUUCCGCUCUGUACCUAAUUUUGCAACAGAAUUAAACGACUUUUCAAGUGCUUGUUCAACUUUGCGUUUUGGACACAGGAGCGGACCGUAUUUCUGAAACCAACUGUAGGUACAUUUAAAAGAAUAUUGAAAAGCACUGUUCAAGUAUAGCGUAUGCAGCAAUUUAGUUGUUGAGGAAGUGAGUAAACAGUUUCUGCUUUACAUAUUGUUAUUAUUAAUGUAAAGAGAAAUUAAAGAGACUUGAUUUAAAUGAC